AUGCCGGUGGAAGGUUGUGAAAUGUGCACUAUCAUUUCUAGUGCUGCCGUGGUCCGGUCCAGAACCACGGUUCGAACCGGACUUUUGGUCCGGUUCUCUGUGGUUCGGCUGCCUUUAGCCUUUUUCAAGGCCGCUAUGAUCCUCCACAAGCUUUUUGCUGUGACUGAUCUCCUAGGAGACCAGUAUUCUGUGGUGCGCAGAUGUCUUCUCCCUGCCCUGUGUACAAAACAAGGUCGUGACGACGAAACUGAUGCAUCCAAGAUCACGUUCUACAACGAUCCUGACGACGAUGUGCCCUUGCCACCAGUCCCAUCAAACGACCCUGACGACAAUGUGCCCUCAACGGAACCCAAGAAAAAUGCCUUCUCAGUUCUACUCAAGACCGGACAUACGCCAGCAACCGUCACUGCAGGCUCUCGGCACUCUGGCCGCCCUUCCAAGCCCUCAGCUCGUAUCCGUGAUGCUGACAAUGUUGCUUCAUCCUCAGGCACAAGGAAGCGUGCACGCGCAUCAUCUAGUGCUACAGAGCACCCAGUGUCUAAAAAAGUUGCUAUGCGAUUCAUAUCACCUUUGGACUCUGAUGACGAAGAUACGGCUGAUGAAGAUCUCCCUUCGGCUGCUCCUGAUCCAGGAGAAUCAUCCUCUGAUGAGCUGAUCCCCCAGCUUGAUGAUGAUGAUGACGAGGCUGAGAGUCAAACUGCGAGUCAAACUAGUCACAAAGUCCUGACGCUGCGCAACAAAUCUUACAGCGACUUCAAACUCGAUCGAGCCGACUGGAAAAAGAUCCGACUGGUUCAUAAUGUCCUCAAGGAGCCUGCGACUGUGCAACAGUCGUUCUCCUCGGCGACACAUCCCACAGCCUGGCUCACGAUACCCACACUCGAAUGUCUUGCCGAUACAUGGCAGACGAUGGCAAAUGAUCCCGCAUACGCAUCGAUUGCUGACGCAAUCCAGAGUGGCCUCAAGAAUGUGGAGAAAUACUAUGAGAAGACCAGCAACUCAGAUGUGUAUUUCAUCUGUCUGGUUCUGGACCCUAACUUCAAGUUGGCAUACGUAGAGACCCGCUGGACUGAUGAAAAGGUUGCGAGAGGGAGAGCUCGUUUUGAAGCCGUGUUCGAUAAGUAUCACAAGGCUCCCCCGCUGCCAUCUACCACAGAACAAGCCAGUGUGCCGCCGAAAGCACCAGUACUGCAAGCUGUUCGGUAUGGCCAGUCCUGGAUGCGUGAUGCUGUCAUGGCACGUCAAGCCGCAGAACUUCGCAUGCGCGAUUCCCAUCACGAACUCACCUCGUAUCUUACUUCGCCGUUAGAAGAGACAGGUGAUGUCGUCGCAUGGUGGGGGCUACACUCGCUACAGUAUCCGACACUCUCUCGUAUUGCCCGCGAUUAUCUACCGAUUCAAGGUAGUGCGGUUCCCUCUGAACGUGCUUUCUCUAGCGGGGGAAUCACAUCAACCUUGCGCCGCAAUGCGCUCGCAUCAUCCACCUUCUCUGCUCUACAGCUAAUGAAGGCUGCUUACUGUAAUGGACAUCUUUCGGCAGCUACAGAGGCAGAGGGACUGGAAAUGGUGUCCGACGUGCUGCUCACCCACUCUCCCCCAAAAGAUGUGUUCCCAUAUUCUCAGACCAAGAAAAAGCAACUUGCCAGCCAGGAAAAAGAGAAAGCAAUCACUGCUGCUGUCGAAACAUAUAAAAUUGAGUGA